AUGUACCCCUGGUCCAGCAAUCCACGUGGUCAAGAUUACAAGCAGGCGCAAAUAGACGGCAGAACCGUUAUCAGUUAUUAUACCCCGAACCCCGGAUGCGCCGACGGUGUGAGGACCUGGGCCGGCGUCUGGCCCGCCGACGCUAGUAAUCCCUACACGGCCGACUACAAGGCACGAUUAUACGUGGACAUCAUUGACGAUGACGAAAUUCGCGUUGCUGCAUUCAAUAAUGCCGAGCUUGGUAUUGGCGAGUUCAAAGCCGCUUUUGUUUGCGACGACGACAAGAGGCAGGCCUGGCUGGUCUCUGAGAACUUUAAGAUCGAUGACGCCACCCCUGCCAAAAAUAAUAGUACAUGUAUAUAUGCAGGUCCCGAAUGGGAACCCGGAUUCAAGAGUGUAUCGUGCGAUGAUGUCGAGUACGGAUUCUGCUUUGACUGCACCAAUGGCUGUGCACCCUGCGAGUACUGCAAGAGGCAGUGUGGGCAAGCCAACACGGGCGACGAUAAACAAAAGGCAUAA